CUUAUAGUCUGAAAAUAUGGUAAUUACCUAAAUAUAGAUAGUCCCAUGGUUCUAUUCUUGAUCUUACUAUACAAAUGUGAUCUACUCUACCCCCUGAUUUCAUCUCACCUGUACAUGCUUAUGACCUUUCUGUGUAGCUUUAGAUUCAUAUAUCUAUCCAAAUGGCAGCUAUUAUUUACCCUGGAUACCUCAUAGCUAUUUCAAAUCCAUACAAUCAUUCAAAGUAGAAACCUGAAGUUAACUAUGAAUUCUCCAAAAUCACCUUCUUCACUUUCUGUAUCUAAUGAAGUACCAAGCUAUGACUGUUUUACCUCCAAAAUAUUACUUUUACCAUAUCUCCAGCCUACUCUUCUCACACUAGUUCAGGCCCUCAACAUCUUUCCUAGAGCCUUACUACUCAAAGUAUGAUUUGUGGCCAACAUCAUUGGUAUCAUUUGAUAGCUUAUUAGAAAAAAAGUAUUUCAGGCCUCCCUGCAGACCUACUGAAUCAAAAUAUGCAUUCUAACAAGACCUCCUAGGUGAUUUGUACUCAGUAGAUUUUGAGAAGCACUGUUCUACAGUAUUGCCACAAUCUCCUAACUGCUCUCUCUGCCAUCAGUUUUAUCUCUACAAAUCUGCCCUCAAUUUAACCACUAGAAUGUUUCACCUAAAGUGCACAUCUGUCCAUAUCAUUACCCUCCCUUCUUAAAAAUUCUUAAUUGUUUUUCUGUUUUCUAAAGAUAAAAUUUAACCUUGAUAGCUCUUUAUCACCUUGCCCCUGCCUACCUUCUCCAGACUUACCCUCUGCUACUCCCUGCCAUGAUUUACAUAGGUUGGAACCUACAAACUCUUCAUGGUUUCCAGAAAUAAUUAUGCUAUUUCUUAUCUCUUUGUCCUUGUUCAUGUUGCCAUGUUGCCUGGAACACCUCCAUGUCCCUCUUGGCAAACUUCUACUCAUUCUUUAACAUACUACUUCCUUGGAAGCCUUUUUACUUGCAUCAGACAUGUCUCCUAUGCCUCCUUAACCUACAUUUCUAAUUAUCUCUCCAUGUAUCUUUGUCUCCCAUUAGACUGUAAGGACUCUGAGGGGAGAGACUUCAUUUAACUCCUCUAUUUCCAGUGCUAGAGAUAGAAACUGGCAAGAGUAUACCUAUUUCAAUAGAGAUUAGUCUAAUAUAUGAGCCAGUGAAGUAUUUAACUUUUAUAUGUCGAGUGCCAACUAUGUGAUUGUACUUCUUAAGUUUCCUGCUUAAUGUGAUUCAACAUAUCCCCAAAAGUUAUGCAGAUAUAUGAAUUUUUAUUCAGGAUUUUUAAAAAAUGUUGGUUUAGGCAAGAGUAGAAAUAGAAGUCACAGGGCUUCUGAAAGUAGUAGAUGUUUGAAGAAAUGGCGAACUUCCACUUGGUCAAGGUUUUUUUUUUUAUUGUUUGGCUGAGGGUAUCUGAAAUAAGUGGCUUCUAGUUUAGUAGCAUUAGGUAAAGUUGAAACUGAGUCAGCUAUGAGAAGUGUUUGCACUCUAAAGGGAGGAUCAUGUUAGUACUCUGAAGUUUCAGGGUUAUUAGAAUAAGAGAAAGAGGAUUUGGGUGAUCUUUUCAUCUGGCUGGGGAGAGGAUGCUGAUCAUCAGCAUAAUUUAAUCCAUUCAGUGAAGUCAUUUUUACAUGAACCUCUGAAGCUAGAGCUCAAAAAGAGAUUGUCAACCUGGCCUUGACAUUCCAUUUUUGAGAACAGUAACUGUUUGGAGAUUAAAAAUAGCUGGAGAAUUUAAAUUAGCCAAUGAGAAUUUCAAAGAAUGGUAACAUCAGAAGCCCAUAUUACAAGUGAGCAAGAGGUAAGACAAAAACCAUUUAACAUGUGCCACCUUAACUAUUUCACUCUCCAGCCAUGUUCUCCCUUCUUCCUGUCUCUGCCUUCUUUUCCAUCUGCUAUAGUUUAUGUUUUUACUGUAUCUAAUCUCUUUCUCUCUUCUUCAUUCUCACUGUUUCCUCCUGUCCCUCAUCCAGCCCAGAUCUUAUUAGCACAGGAAUGGCUACCAUAACGAUAUGGAACUAAACAUUUAGUACCAGAACCUAUGUUUGUCAUAUUUGCAAUAUCACAUUUACAUCAUUAGAAAUGUUCCGGUCCCAUAUGCAAGGAAGUGAACAUCAAAUUAAAGAAUCCAUUAUUAUUAAUCUAGUGAAGAAUUCAAAGAAGACACAAGAUGAAAGUGAAGAUUACAUCAAGGUGCAGAAAGUCAGAGAACCAAAGCCCAAGACUUGUUUCAGAAAGGUGGAAGAGAGUUCUUUGGAAACCCGUGGAUACAGAAAAGUUAUUGAUUCCCGAUCCAGACGUAGAAUGUAUGAACAAAGACACCCACGUGAGACUUUCCGGACAUACCCAGAAUCAUAUAAAAUUUCACAAACAGUCAAAAAUCAGUUACCUCAUUACUUACCUGCUUAUUCAAAGAAGACAUACGACUCUUUCCAAGAUGAACUGGAAGAUUACAUCAAAGUGCAGAAAGCCAGAGGAUUACACCCAAAGACUUGUUUCAGAAAGAUAAGAGAGAAUUCUAUGGAAACACAUGAGUACAGAGAAGUUGAUUCUGGACCCAGACAAAGAAUGUAUGAGCAAAGAUUUUCAGUUCAGUCUUCCCAUACCUACCAACGACCGUAUAAUAUUUCACCAGUGGAAAACCAGUUAUAUUAUUGGUUACCAGCUUAUUCAAAGAGGACAUAUGACUCCUUCCAAGAUGAACUGGAAGAUUACAUCAAAGUUCAGAAAGCUAGAGGACUACAUCCAAAGACUUGUUUCAGAAAGAUAAGUGAUAGCUCUAUAGAAACCCAUAAGUACAGAGACAUGGUUGAUUCCAGACCUAGAUAUAGAAUGUCCGAGCAAAGACUCCCAUUUGAGACUUUUCAGACCUACCCAGAAUCUUACAAUAUUUCACAAGCAGUGGAAAAUCAGUUACCUCAUUGCUUACCAGCUCAUGACAGCAAACAGAAAUUAGACUGUAUGACCUACAGUCAACCCACCAGAGAUUAUUUUGCAGAAAAACCAGUACCCCUAAGCCUUAGUCAGCAAGAAAAUAACUCUGGCUUAUACAGUGCAGAAUCAGAAGUUUACAAGCACCUCUCCUCAGAAAAAAAUACCAGUGACCCUCAAGGAGGUCAUAAACGGAGACAUCAGAAGAGAAGAAGGCACCUGGAGGAAGGUAAAGAAAAGGCAGAGAAAGAGCAGUCCAAGCAUAAAAGAAAAAAGAGUGAUGGAGAUGUAGAACUAGUCAAGGACAAGAGCAUCCGACAAAAGAAAAGAGGAGAUGAAGUCAGUGUCAGUUCAGGAAAACUUAAGCACCGAAAAAAGAAAAAAAGCCAUGGUAUAACCUCUACGAAAGGAGAACAUAAGCACAGGAAAGAGAAAAAGAAGUCUGUUCAAGAAAAGACAGAAGAGGAAAUGCUCUGGGAUGAAUCUAUACUUGGAUUUUGAUCUUCAAAUUUUGUUUAUCCAAGGGUUCAUUGAAGACAUAAGAAUAUGGAUUUAGACAGACAUUCAGUGAAGAAAAAAGAGAGGUGCAUACAGUCAGUGCCAGUUCAGGAAAGUUUUUAUUGUGUGUGUGUAAAAAUUUAAAUUGAAUUAAAAGAAGAAACAAGCAAGCCUAAACCUAGUUGUUGCGAAAGAACAUAUGAACACAAGAACAUAAGACAAAAGGAAACCUGAUGAAAAAGCAAAAGAGUAAAUGCUUUGGGAUGAGUCUGUUCUAGGAAUUUAAACUUUUAAUAUUGUUUACCCAAAGAUGCAAUGAAAAAGUCAGUUAAGAAAACUGACUUAGACAAAAGAACAUUAAAUGA